CAUCAACAUUGUAAUGGAAAAAAAAAAGUUUCCCAUCAAACAUGAAUGUGGGAGGUUAUCUGACUACUACGCAGCAUCCAUGCAUGUAUUCCUGAUUAUAGUCAUCCUCCAGCUCUAACCCAAGUCGAAAUUCUCGUCUUCUCUCAUCUGUUAUCACUUAGAUCAAUAACAUCAUGGCGCGACAAGUGCACAAUGCCGCUGGUUGUUCAAUAUAAAUAACAAGAAAAAAAAAUAACAAGAAUUAUUGUAUAAUAACAUAAAAUAAUAAAGAUGUUGACAGAAUUACUGACGUAGUCAAUAUGUGAUCGCUGAUACAGAUAAUUAACGCAAGGACAAGUAUAAAAUAAUUGAUAUUUAAAUAGAUUUUGAGUUGACAAUCACGUCGUCCACAAAAUCAUCAUCAUGGCAAAAGAAAUGAUGAUAGUUUUCAUUUACGAUACCACAAGGUGUCGUAAAGAAGAAGACGAUCCAGCUGAGGCUGUCAUGUAUUUUCAUCCAGCCUGGGUCUCACCAGCACAACGUCUAGCUCUAGCAGGUCAACUUAUGGGCGUAUAUCAGUUUUUAUCAACGUGUUUUUCAUCACCACAGCUGAUAAAUCUUCAAGGGGGUAAAUUUGUUUUGAAAAAAUUCAGCCACUAUAUUCUGGCAGUUGGUACUGACCGCAAUAUACAGGAUUGGAUACUCGAACGACGUGCAAAUUGUCUAGAGUCAAUGCUAAAAUUUUUCCACUGUGAUCUCGAUACUAUUCUCCAGUCAUUUAAUAACGACCGUAACAAAUUCACUGAGAAAUUGUAUCAAAUGUUCGAAACUUAUCUACCGAUACUACAGUACAGUGCUAAUUUAUUUUCCAACAUGCCGAUUAUUAAAUUACCAAGUACUGCAAGUAAUGUCUUCCUCGAAUCAAUGCAAGUGCUGCAGUACUGCCAAGAGACGAGCGGUAUUUUUGGUGGCGCAAUUUUUUAUAAUAAUAAAGUCGUCGCAACUCAAUUAAGUGCUGACUUAACUAAACAAUUAGUGAUAACUGAUCCAUAUCGAAUUAAAGCACCAGCUGAUCGUAUACCCACUGACUUUCAUCUUCCAGUUGGUGUUCAAUUAUUGCGAGUUUACAUUCAGCGAAAACCCACUGAGCUUCCUGAUGAUUCAAGUACUAAAUCAAAUAACAUUUCCGGUCACACAGAUUUAAUUAAAAAAUAUAAAAAGUCUUUGCCAUCUGGUAUGAAGAGAGACACGUCUCGUAUUUUUACUGUUCCUGAAGAAGGAGAGCCAGAACAUACGGAACUACCGGCUGUUCCUCAGGAAUUCCCACAACCAAAGCGUCCGCCCUCGAUUCCUAUUGGGAACUUCGAAAGGAAACAAGAGUAUAAACAAAAAUAUCAAAAUCCUUUGACUCCAAGCGUUUGCUCUACGCCUCUAAAGGAUGUCAAUAGAAUUCUCCAUGGCAACGCGGUGUCUAUUUGCAAAGGAACUGAUGAAGAAAAAGUUACUGAUAAGCCAGAUGUCAAAGCACGAGAAAAUGUCGAUGAUAUUCCUGAUGUCGUCAAAGAAGCCUUGAGAUGUAAGCGAUUUAAUAAGCUGCGAAGUGCAGCGCGGGAAAAAUUUGAAAAAAAAAAUAGACGGGAGCCGUGGAAUAGACGGAGUUCUAGUCUUACUGACUUAGAAAAUACUCGUGAUGCUACGGAAAAAUUUAUACUGAGUAUUACUUGUAAUAUUAAUCAAUCGAAGACAAUGAUUGAGUCUCCAGAAAGUAAAUUUCCAAUGAAACGUUCAUUCAAUACCAUCACAGAUCCUUCAUAUCCAGUCUUCAGGUUUGACGGUCGUCCUGUAUCUCAAUCUCUGUACGAUCAUUACAUUUCAUCUCAUUAUCAAGAAUUAGUCAAAGAACAAAGUACUGAAUUUUCUCAGCGCAGUAAAUUACUGACAAAUGGUCUCGGUAAUUGCGAUAAGACAACGGGAUUGGAGAAAAAAAAUUCCAAUGACGAAAAUCAUAUCGAUGGUUUUGAUACUGUGAUUCCUGAGCUACCUGAGUCGCGAUCUAAUCCUCUGGAUGUGAGAUUAAAUAGCAAAUCACGUCAGGAAAGUUACCGAAGGUCGAUGAGUUUACCUCUGAAGAGUCUUAAUGCACCAGCAGACAGCGACGAUCGAAGAAAAUCAACUUCAGAAACUGGAGUGUCGUUCGAUUUACCUCGACGUAAACUUGAAGGUCUUCAAUUAACUCCUCUGAUGUCUAAGUUGAGUCUGCUGGCGACUGAUGAACGGACAAGUGGAUUUUGUAGUAAAGAAACUACUCCCAGUGAAUUUUGUGAUUUAUCAACAUUAUCAAGUAAAAUUACGCGUAAUAAAUCGGAGAAUAUUAAGACUUCCGGUAACGGGGAUGAAGGUGAGGAAGACUUUUGGCUGAAUGAUAAAGAAGCUAAUAAAGAGGGUAAUUGUGAAAAGGCUGAACUUUUUAUCUGUGGACAAAAUAAUAUGGUAUUGUUUCUUUUGAUGGAAAAUGGGACGGCAAAUAAUCCAGAAUUGAUACACAAUCUCUGGAAAACUUCAAUGAACACUUUGGGACAUCUAGAGUCACGUCUGCAGCAUUGUCUAGAUCCUUUGCCAUCUGGUGAACACAAAGAGCUGUACAGUGUACUGAGUGUCGAUCCACAAUGGGAUACUCUUGACCGUUCAGGUCUCUGGGGUGUCACGGAGCUGGAUAUCGUCUCCUCACUACACAAUCGUUUUUGCGAGUCCAGUAACCUCACGGACAUUAUCGUCAGGACUGAUGACACUGUCAUUUACGGAAACCAGUGCGGCAAGACUCAGAUAUUUUACCAACAAGCCGUAGCAUCCAGUGCCUCAGGUGGACUGCCGACACCCGCUGAUCUUAUGGGUGUCGUUCCUCUUAAAGCUAAACGUCGCCUUGAACGUGACCACGGAAUAAUUAUUUUAUAAAACUAGAAAAAAGAAACGAAAAAAAAAUCCUUGCCAAUUUGCUUAUUUUCGUUGAGAAUUUGCUGAUAUAUAUAAAAAUGCCAAUAACUAUUUGCAAUAUUUGCGAUGUAAUUUACUGUUUAUUGAUCAUCGGGUUGAUUCCCGAGCUAUUUUCUAUGUGUAUUUUUGUAACUAAUGACAUUGACGGUUAAAAUUUUUUCACUUGACGUUAAUUUCCUAUGGAAUUUAUCGUGUAUUGACUACUCCUGAAAGGUAAUAAGAAAACAUUAAUAAUGAUAAUGUGUGAAUUUAUAUAUGUGAUAAAUAAUAUCUUAAUAUUUUAAUUAAUGACAAUCAUUUUAAUUUAAUUGAACUAUUUUAUUUAAUUAAUUAAUUAAAAUGAUAACAUUUAAUAAUCCGUCGCAAUUUAAAAGCUUUACUGUCCAUUACGAAGCCAUUCCAUUUUUGCUUGCACGAUGCUGAUAAAUUAUCGAAUUUUUUUAGAUAAAUAUUUGAAAUUAUAUAGGUACAUAAAUUCAAUUAUUUUAUAAAUUUAUCGUUGUUAAUUAUAAUUGUUAGUCGACCUGCAAUAUGUAAUCUUAGUCCUGUAGCAUAGUAUUAUUUUUCGUAAUAGAAAAUUUUAUAAUAAAAAUAAUGAAUUUUUUGUGAUUGUAGAAAAUUAUUUUAAUUUUGUUAAUGGAUAUCGAUUAGUCCAGUAUUUUAUGUAGAUAAUAAAAAAUUUAGAGAUAAUUAAAUAAAUUUAAUUUUUUAAUUUGAAUCUAAUAGAAAUAUUCUCGAUUUUAGUUUUUUUGCGCAUGGAUUCGAGCCCACUGAGCGGGUCAAGUCAGUGAUUGCCCUGAUUAUAAACUUUGAUUGAAUCCGAUUGGGAAAUUCUAAUCGGAAAUUCCCGAUUGACUUUUAUUGGAAAGUUCCGUAUGAAUUCGAUUGAAAGUUAACCGGAAAUUGGAAAAAAAAAUGAUUAUUUUCCCAUGGAAUCUGAUUACAAAUUUGAAUCGAAAAUUUUUCAUUGACUUUCAAUGAAUUUUAAUCGGAAAGUUUCGUAUGAAUUCGAUUGAAAAUUAAUUGGCAAUCGGAAAAAAAUUAUUCUUUUCCAAUUAAAUCUAAUUAAAAACUUUUAAUCAGAUUUACUUGGAUUUAAUCGGAGUUUUUAUUAAGGGUGAUUUCGUGUAAAAUUUCAAAAUCUCUAAUUCUUUUUUUUUUUGUAAAGUUUUAUAAUUUUAAAUUUGAGAAAAACGAAUUUAUAUUUUUUUAUUUCAUUGAAUCUUAAUCCGUCUAGUCGCUGAUGGUUGUUCGUUCGGUUUUAGUUAAUUUACAUAUUUAUCAUAUUAAAUUUAUCAACAUUUUUUAUUGAUUUUAAAUUAUCAAACGGCAUGUCAUAAGCAAUAGUU